CCUGUGCUGUUGUGUGUGUGUGAAACCAAACAUUGAGAGACUGAGCCGCCUCGGUAACUCAUCAUAACUCAUCAUAACUCAUCAUAACUCAUCAUAACUCAUCAUAACUUCAUCAACAACGGAGAAAAGUCGACGUUAAGUUUGACAUCUUGAUGUUUUUAAAAUGCUGCUGAGUCAAAGAAGAACAAAAUGUCGGGAGUUCACGGGACCGACGCCUCAUUCAGUCGCUUUGAGAGCCAAGUUCCCGUCCAGGAGGCCUGUGGACCAUCUGAUCCUGGACAGACAGAAGCAGGAUGCUGCCAGAGAAGAGAUCCAGGACUUCACCAAGAACCAGCAGAGCUUCAACAUGAAGACUUGGUGGCUGCAGACUUCAGACCGACGCUUCCUCCAAGGAUCCGUCCAGAGACAAGUCGGAGCUGCUCUGACCCAGCAGGAGGUCCACGUGGACCAGAGGAGGGACAGAGAAAUGAUUCAGAGGACUGAAAGAAAAGAGACAGACUGAGCGCGCUCAGUUGCUGCUUCACCUGCAUCGCCUCACACAGCUGACAGACACACAGAGAAAUGGCUCAGAGGACUUCAAGCUGAGACAGACAGAGUUGCUGCUUCACCUGCACCGCCUCACACAGCUGACAAACAGAGAAAUGACUCAGAGGACUGAAACAUAAGACAAACCGUCUCUGUUUUGCAGUGAAACCUUGUGUCAAAGAUGGAGAAAAUGUCUGUCAAAGAGGAGCUUUUGAAGAUACUGAAAGGUUUGUCAGAUGAAGAAUUCAAGGAGUUCAAGUGGUUCCUGCAGGAUCCUGACAUCCUGGUAGGAUUCCAGGCCAUCCCAAAGAACCAACUGGAAUGCGCAGACAGGUUGGACACAGUCGAUAAGAUCAUACAGACCUUCAGCCAUCAGUCUGUAGAAGUGGUGAAGAAGGUUUUAAAGAAGAUUAAUAGGAAUGAUCUGGUGGAGAAAUUAUCAAGCAUCACUCCAGGAACACAAGGCGAGUCUCAACCUACCAACCUGCUCCUCAACCCUCCGGUGGACAGAGCUCAGAACACCAACACCUCAUCCAAAUAUGACAACAUCCCCUGCAAAUUUGUUAUCCCAGGAUCUCCUGCUAUCCACCAGCUGAUACCAAAGAAAGAGAACAUUGGAACUGUGACAAGAAUGACUCUUGGUGAAAAAAAUCCAAACAAGAUAAACAAAACCAUCUUACUUGUUGGUGAAACAGGAACAGGAAAAUCUACUCUGAUCAACGCUCUGGUCAACUACGCCAUGGGAGUGAAGUGGGAGGAUAAUGUCUGGUUUAAGAUCGUAGAGGAGGAGAAGAGAAGUCAAUCAGAAAGUCAGACAUCAGAUGUAAUUGUGUACCAGAUCUUUGGUUUUGAAGAUAAAACUCUGCCCUACUCUCUGACCAUCAUCGAUACUCCAGGAUACAGAGACACCAGAGGACAGAAUCACGAUGACAUCGUCAGUCAAAGAUUAUUAGACUUGUUCCAGUCAGAGGAUGGAGUUCAUGAGAUUAAUGCAGUGGGUCUGGUGCUGAAAGCGAGUGAGAAUCGACUGAAUGACCGACUGAAGUACAUCUUUGAUUCAGUGGUAUAUCCGUUUGGAAAAGACAUGGAGAAGAACAUUGUCGCCCUCAUCACACACUCAGAUGGUGUGACUCCAGAAAAUGCUCUACGAGCUCUUGAGGCUGCGAUGAUUAAAUAUGCCAGAAAUGCAAAGAAUCAGGCUGUUCACUUCCUGUUUAAUAACUGCCAGGAUCAGGACAGGACAGAGAACAUGAGAGCUCUUAAAUUUGCAUAUGAAACAACAACAGAAGGAAUGAUUCAGUUCACAAAGUUCCUUGCAAAAACUGCACCUCAAAAGAUGCAGAAAACCGUGGAUGUACUAACCGAGCGCACCAUACUGACAACCUGCAUCCAAAACCUGCAAGAAAGAAUUAGGUCUAUAGAACUGAAACAGAGAAUUGAAAAGGAGAAUCAGGCACUCCUGAAGAAACAUGAACAAGACAUAAAGGAUAAUAAGGAGUACACAAUAGAACAUAAAAGCAUCCGCAAAGUUAAAAAAGACAUAAAGGGAGGAAAGAAGUUGUGGGUAAAUAAAAAUGGAUCUCUCUGCUGUACAAAGUGUGAAGAGAACUGUCACUAUCCAUGCAAAUUGGUCCGUCAGGCGAUAGACUCCAACGACACAUGCAAGUCCUGUGGGUGUAAUGAGUCAUAUCAUGUGAAAGAGACCUGGAGGUAUGUGGAGGAGGAAAUCACCAGCAAGGUGACUGUAAAAGCUAUGAAAGAGAAGUAUGAAAAGGGUCGAGCAGGCUUUGAUAAGGCAAAAAGCCUUUUGGAAACUCUUGAGAAGGAAAUAGACAAACUUCAGAAGGAAAAAGAUCAGUUGUUGGAGGAAUCCUUUCAGCAUGUUAUCAAACUGAAGCAGAUUGCCCUGAAGGUUGAUGCAGUGUCCACUCGUGACCACUUGGACUUCCUGAUUGAGAGGAUGAAGGACACAGUGAAGAAGAGGAAACUGGAAGAGAUGAAAAGUCGAGCUGAUGACAAUGAAGGAACCACAGGAGCUGGUAACGCAAAGAGGCAAAGAACUAGAUGAACUAGAAUCACUGAGAGCAGACAGCUGUGUAGAAAACAAUUGUAGUCUACAAUGAUGAUCAAAUGUGUUUUAUUAUA